AUGCGCCUCGCAUUGCGCCCCAAGAUUCCGGCGGAUUUCGCGAAUCCGCGCGUCCCUACAUCGAAAGCUGAAGAUCGCGGGCUCCGCAAAACGCUAGACGAAGUGAACAUGAGUACUGUCUGGAAAGGACUGCUUCCCGAGCUUGUCAGCAUGAUCAUCGUUAUCAAUGCCCUCACACCGCUUCGACUGCACGGAAAGACCUACCGCGGACGUCAAAACGAAGAGUACGAUCAUAUGAGAGCUCUGGAACCAGAAAAAUGGCAACAGGUCCGCAAUACGCUCGCCGUAUCUUUGAGUACUCGUCGAGAUGCGAUUCGUGCGCUGAACAGAUACGGCUCCAUCGAAAACGAAAGAUGGAAAUACUUCCCGCCCCCAUACUCUUCAUCUCCACCAUCAAACAGCGAGCCCUCGUGGUGGCUAUUGCGUCACUUUCGAUGGCUCCACGUCAACCUUCACAAUACUGGCAUGUUGAGUGAACGGGCUUCGGUCCGGUUGAUGGUCAGAUUUCCGCACCCAGGCGUGCUGAGGAGGGUCGAACACGUGCUUAUGCCCACGCCUGCACCCGAGAAACCAUACGGUGAUGCGGAACUUGAAGCCUUCAUGGCGGGAUUGUGUAGGACGGCAGGUCGGUGGAGUAAUCAGUUUCGAACCGUCGGAGGCUGGGACAUGGCUUGUGCUACCGGUAAUGCCUCGGACAUUCGCAAGUUGCUCGUCUGGAAGGAUGGUCCGCUGUGGGAAUGGAGGAUCCGUAAGCGAGCGGCACGCAAUGCACGCUUCGAGAAACGCAACGCACGCAUGAACCAACGCAAUGCACGCAUCGCCAAACGAAAAGCAGAGGUUGGAGAUACCACAAGGGAAGCGAAUGCGCAGAAGAAAAGGAAGGGCGGUGGAACAUGA